UCGUUGACCCGACCGCAAAACUCACCCGUCAUCGCUCUUCCGAGUCAUCACUCCCAUCUUCCUCACACACAGACAGACAGACACACACACAUGGCUUUGCUGGGAGACGACGGCAGAGGCUACGAGCUAGCUCGGAAGCUGGAGAGCCACGGCGUAUGGCGCACGUGGCUCGGCGAAUCCCUCCACUCCAGCUUCGUUCACUUCCUCGCUUCUCCUUCGGCUUGGGAAGCCUUCAUGCGAGCUGACUAUCCCGCCGACUCCUCAACCUCCUCCUCGUCCUCCGCCACCGCCGCCGUCGAUUCGCUUAAAACUAGGGCGCUGCUACACCUCCAGCUCCGAGCACGAGCUCUCCUUUUCGAUAAAGCCUCAAUUUCUCUCUUCCUCCGAUCUCCUAAUAAUAAUCCUCAGUUAUUAUCACCUUCAUCGUCCUCGAAUGCAAUCUCGAAACUGAGUCCAAAUUAUUUGCAGUUGCACGGUGAUGAUGUGUAUUUCACUUUGGAGGAAGCUGCUCAACGGUCGGAUAGUGUUCUUGCUUCUUCUACAAAUGCGACGGCAUCAAAGAGCAAAUCAUCUUUUGGUGUUGGAUCGAGACACACUGAAUCAGAAAUUGGUUCUUUGCCCCAAAGGUUCAAGUUCGAUGAAUUACCUGAAACAUGGUAUGCUCAGUUUUUUGAGAAGUAUAGAGCAAGUAAAUCAUACAGACUAUCCUUCGGAGAUCAGGAAACAGAAAAAAGGACUCCUGAACAUAUGUAUAAUUAUCUUAGGGUUGCGGAAAAUCACAAGAGAAAGAGAGUUGCUUUCAAGGUAGAUCAGAACAUUGGUGUUGGCAAUUCCAUGUUAGACAGCGGGUCAAACAUGCUGUUAACCUCAAUAGUGGAGGACAACAAUGCACUUGAUGAUGAAGCACCGUUUUUCCCUGAAACUAUGUUUAGUAUGAAUUGUGUUCCAGAUAGUGCUGUCUUGCAGAAACAUAGAGUUUCACUGAACGUAAAAGUGGAGUUCAAUGGGAUUCUAGACACCUUACCUCAGAUCGUUACCAAGAGUCCUAUCAUGAUUGAAAGGCUAGGUAUCAGACCAGAAUACCUAAGUAUGGAUCCGAAAGGAAAUCAAAAUCGUGGAAGGAUUGGUUAUGAUGGGCGUGGGAAACUUCUGGGUCAGGAGCAAGCAUCACAGCUAUCACAGAAAGUGAUAGCUCGUUUCCUAUCUAAAGUUGGUUUUGAAGGUUCCUCAGAAAUGCCACUGGAAGUUUUGUCUCAGUUAUUAAGCAGUCGUGUAUGCAAAUUAGGUUGUACAUUAAAGCUACUUGCUGAUAGCUACAGAAAGCAAUGCUCAGUCAUGGAGUUGUUAAAGAUGUUCCUUCACACAACUGGAUAUAGUAAUCUUGUGGUACUGUCUGAGCUUGUGAAGGAUGCUACCAGGAAUCCUGUACCGCAAACUCAGCAACAAGUACAGGGAUUUCAGUUGCAAUUGCAAUCACAGAACCAAGGACCCAUCCGGCCAUCGCAGCAGAUUCCAAGGCAAAUGCUUCCUCAGCUUCAACAGAUGAUUAAUUCCCAGAAUCUGGCUUUUCAGCAGCAUCAACAAUGGGAGAGAAUGAGAAGACGACAGCAGUCAACACCUCGUCCUGGUAUGAACAUGAAUAUAAAUAUGGACAAGGAUAGGCCUAUGGUGGAAGUCAAGGUUGAAAAUCCAUCUGAUUUCCCAAUGGACAAUAAUACCUUUGCCACAAUCAAUUCCCGGCAUUCCCAGCUGCAGCCGUUUCGUCAGCAACAAAUCGCUGCUAUGACAUCUUUCCAAACUAGCAAUCAGUUCAGGCCCAUGUCUUCGCCUCAAAUUCCUCAAAUGCAGUCCCCGAACAUGGGGAUGGCUAGGGCUCCUCCUGUAAAGGUUGAAGGCUUUCAAGAAUUGAUGGGUGGGGAUGCUACACUUAAACAUGAUUCGGAAGAAAACAAACUAACAUCACCGGCCAAAUAGUAUAGCUUUGAGUUUAAUACCUUCCGGCAUAGAAGCUGCUUGGUCAGGCCUCCUCCUGUAAAGAUCAAAGGAUUCCAAGAAUUGAUGGGUAGGGAUACCGCACUGAAGCCUGAUUUCAAGGAAAAUGAGUUAACUUUGCAUGCCUCAUAGGAUAAUUCAGUUAAAUACCUUCUCGUAUAGAUGUAAAGGUACCAUUCUUUGAUAAGUUUUCCCACUCUUUUAGUUCUAUAGCAUAAUCCUACAUAAAUAUUAGUGUUUGUUGUAGAAUGCCAAUUUUGUAAAAAGAUUUUACAGAUGAAAUUAUUGUGCUAAUACUUAUUGAUU